AUGAAAGGGGGGUGGCCUGUUGGGGGGAGAGUCCUGCUCUGCCUCACUGUCAGCCUUCUGCUUCCAGGAAGAGGCGACACUUUCACCAUCAAUUGCUCAGGCUUUGACCAAUAUGGGGUGGAUCCUGCUGCCUUCCAAGCAGUGUUUGACAGAAAGGCCUUCCGUCCAGUCCUCAACUACAGCAACCCCAUUCAUGUCAACAUCUCCUUCACCCUGUCUGCCAUCCUGGAAGUGAAUGCACAGCUCCAGCUUCUGACGUCAUUCCUGUGGAUGAAUGUGAUGUGGGAUAAUCCUUUCAUCAGUUGGAACCUGGAAGAGUGUGUCAGCCUCAAAAACCUCACUGUAUCAGCUGAAAACGUGUGGCUCCCAGACAUCUUCAUUGUGGAAUCCAUGGAUGUGGAUAGAGCACCUCCAGGUCUCACGGCAUUUGUCAACAGUGAAGGUCGAAUGAAGUAUGACAGGCCAGUGCGGGUGACCAGCAUCUGUAACCUGGACAUCUUCUACUUUCCGUUUGACCAGCAGAACUGCACUUUCACCUUCAGUUCCUUCCUUUACACAGUGGAUAGCAUGCUACUGGGCAUGGACAAGGAAGUGUGGGAGAUAACAGACACAUCUCGCAACCUCAUCCAGACUCAGGGAGAGUGGGAGCUCCUGGGCAUCACCAAGGCCACCCCAAAGAUGCUGGUGGGCAGCAACGUAUAUGACCAGAUCAUGUUCUAUGUGGCCAUCAGACGCAGGCCCAGCCUCUACGUCAUAAACCUUCUGGUGCCCAGUGGCUUCCUGAUUGCCAUCGAUGCCCUCAGCUUCUACCUGCCAGCAGAAAGCGAGAAUCGUGCCCCGUUCAAGAUAACCCUUCUACUGGGCUACAACGUCUUCCUGCUCAUGAUGAAUGACUUACUCCCAGCCAGUGGCACCCCCCUCAUCAGUGUCUACUUCGCCCUGUGUCUGUCCCUGAUGGUGGUCAGCCUGCUGGAGACCAUUUUCAUCACCUACCUGCUGCACCUGGCCACCACCCAGCCCCCACCUAUGCCUUGGUGGCUCCACUCUCUGCUCCUCUACUGGGCCAACCCAAGGACAUGCUGCCCCACUGCACCCCAGAAGGGAAAUAAAGGCCUAAACCUCCACCCUGCUCACCUGCCUGGUGUGAAGGAGCCCGUGGAGUUGGUGGGAAAGGUGUCAGGUCCCAGAGAGGCAGAGUUAAAUGGGUGUCCUGAGUCCACAAGGGCCAAGCAGGAAGAUGAAGCUCAGAGGCAGCACUUGGUCGAUUUGUGGGUGCAGUUCAGCCACAUGAUGGAUACCCUGCUCUUCUGCCUCUAUCUGCUCUUCAUGGCCACCUCUGUGGUCACAGUCAUCAUCCUCUGGAACACCUAG